AUGUCUUCAUCCGAUAGCACUCCGACUCUCUGUGUCAAGAAUUGUGGCUUCUACGGAUCUCCUGCAAAUCGUAAUCUCUGCUCAAAGUGCUACCUAGACUCUGUCAAUCAAGCUAUACUACGGUCCGAAUCUCGUGGCAUUGAUUCCAUUACUUCCUCUGUGGAACAAGUCUCUUUACAUGACGAGAAGGAUCAUGUUGUUGUUGAUGAUAGUUCUGUGUCGAAAAACAAACCUAGUCGUUGCUUGUGCUGCAAGAAAAAGGUCGGAUUGCUAGGGUUUGCAUGUCGGUGUGGAGGCAAGUUCUGCAGCAUGCAUCGAUAUCCGGAGGAACAUAAGUGCCCUUUUGAUUAUAAGACUUCCGGACGUGUUGCUUUGGCCAGGGAAAAUCCUCUGGUUGCUUGUGAUCGGUUAAGGCACAGAGUGUAA